AUGGCCUUUUUCUCGCAAGUGGUGGACAACUUCCACGAUUUCACACGUGAGCUCAUCGUGACUUCACCUAGCGCCACCUGGGAGAUGAAGAUUCGCAUUGAAGAUAACAUUAUCUACUCGCCCUACCCAAGCUCUGAAGUUCCAGUGUGCUCUUUUUACACUCUCGCAAGGGAGAGGCUGCUUGUGGAUCCCGAUAAGAUUGCUCUUUUUAGUGAUGUCAUCAGCCUCACACGUGCUGAGGCGCUGGCGGGCAUGGAACGCUACGCCGUCGGUUUCCGGCAGCAUGGCGUGCUUUCGGGAGACCGGAUGUGCAUUCAUCUGGACAAUACGGUGGAAAAUCUAUUGGCUAUGUACGGCUGCGUCCUAGCAGGAGCUACCAUUGUCUUAGCGAAGACAUCGCUGACUGAAGGAGAAAUCCGCUACCAUGCAGGAGAUGGUGACUGCACACAUAUCAUCACUGACGAGCAGUAUGCCGUGAAGGUCAAGGCAGCAGUCGCAAGCCUGAAUAUAAAGGCACUCUUUUGCAUGGGUCGUGCCAUGGGCUUUGUGUCUGCUUCCGACUUUUUGAAGCUGGACGAGCAAGACUUCCGCGAGUGUGCCAUUGCCGACCCUCGUAGCACCGUUCUAGCCGUGUGCUACACGUCGGGAACCACGGGGAUGCCGAAGGGCGCUGAGAUUACGCACUACAAUCUCGUUGCCGGCUACUACAUGAUGAGAUGUGGGCUCAUCAUGAUAGGCAAGGAGAACGUCAUCACGGAGGUCGGCUGGUGCAACCAGCCGAAACUCUUUGUCCCUGGCACUCGAGUUUUGCUUGUACAGCGCACCCAUUUGAAGGCAGAAGGUCAGAGGCGGCGCACUGCUGCUUGGAACGGAGCCUUGGAUGGCUUGCUGAACUUCAUUUUGCACGAGAGCAGAAAUGGAACCAAGCGGGGCUGA